AUGACAGAAAAAGCUGCUAUAAUUGAUCAUUAUUUAGAGUUUUAUUAUUUCAAAUUACUAAGCUAUGGUACAAGAGCUGAACUGGAAGACUAUUCUGAGCCCGUUAUGGAUAUAGAUGAAAUUCUUUCAAUUAAAAACGUGUUGAAGCCGAAAUCUGACAAUUUUGACAGCACGGACAAUGAUGAAAUAUUGCCCUUCGUUUGUCCAAAAUGUGGCCGAAGCUACAAAUGGAAGAGCUCAUUGAGAAAUCACGUGAAUAUGGAGUGUGGAAAGGAACCCCAGUUUGAAUGCCCGUACUGCGAAUACAAGGCUAAACAAAAGGGUCACGUUAUCAGACACAUUGGGAGGUUGCAUAACGAAAUGUUGUCUGAAAUUGACUAUAACGGUUGGAAGAAACAGAAGAUGGGAAAAUCAGUUGGUGGACGAGUUGUGAAGGGUCACAAUAUGAAGCGUUGAAGCUUCAUAUUGUGAUUGAACCUGCGAUAGUUUAAGGUUUAUUUUGACUGCCGUCAGUUGUUUCAGCAUUAUUAAUUGCUAGGAACUAAAUACAAACACGUAACGAAACUAAUAACGCCAAUGGACGUUAUGAUCUAUAUUACAGGGCAUUAUAAUCAAAUAGUUUAACACAACACCUAGCAAUACGAUAUUUGUCUUUUAUACUUUGCAUAUAGAGGCAGAAAAAAACAGUAGAUAACUUUUAAACACUGCUGUUUUUCAAAGCAUUCUCCACGAAGAGAAAUGCAUUUUUACAUCCGAUGGAAGCAAUUCUGAAAUCAGUUAUUCCCCUCGCGCGUUCAAAAAUUGCGUUUUUGAACGCGCUGACUGCAUCUUCUGUGGACUGGAACCUUUAACAAUGUAUUUUAUUCUUAAUUUUUGGAAAAGUCAAAAAGUCGUUAGGACUUAGGUUGUAACUGUAUGGAGGAUGCUACGACAAUUGGUUGUUUUCUUACUUUAAAAACUUAACUGUUUUUUGAGCUGUAUGGGAACGUGCAUUGUCUUGGUGGAGGAUCAUUCGUCGUUGAGGGUUGCUAUGUAUGAGAUCUUUGAAAUGCCCAAUAAUGCUUCAAUUUCAUCAGCUUACAUACUGGAUUGACGUUUCCUGUGGGGUGAUUGUCGUUGUUGGUGGACCGUCGCUUAAGUUAACUAAAGAUGACAGUUAACUUUGAUAUUUUAUAUACAGGGUGGCCCAUCGAAAACGUUCCGCAAGGCAUAACGGCCAGGGAUAUUUUUUUUUCAGAAAAUUGAAAAACGUCAAUUUUGUUGUUGAGGGGGACACCGUUUGUCCCAAAAAUGAUUGCAAAAUCUUCAACCCUCUAAGCGGGGGUGUCAUCCCUCAAUUUUUCUCAAAUGGGAAGGUUUGGUUUUCUGUGACUUGUGCG